GAAAGAGUGGAGAGAGAGGGGGGAGACACCAAACAUAAGGGCUCUCCAAAGAAAUUUCAUUUUCACUUUUGCAGGUGAGCGAAGCUCAUCCUAACACAAAGAGAGAGAGAGAGCACGAAACUAGAAAUGAGAGAGUAUAAUGAGCGAGAGAGCGGGUAGACAUGCGCUCAACUUCCUUGGGGUUGCCACCUCUCAUCUCGCAGGGUUGCUGCAUGCCGUUUCGCUGCGGCAGCAUCCAGUUGGAAAAUGUACGCGCACUCAAACGCAACAAAAAGCGCGUAACAGAAGCGGCGAGGUUUCGAUAAAGAAAGGACACUAACAAUUCGGUGUUGACAAAAACGACAUACACACACAUACACACAAGCGAAUGCGUCGCGUGCUGUCCCCUUAACUCCCCACCUCCCCAUCCCGCUGUGCGUGUCUGUAAAAGAAAGUUGAAAUUGCCAAAAAAAAAAAAAAAGAAAAGUGUAGUGAAGCAAAUCAAUUGGUGGUUAUAAAAAGGAGAAAAACCAGCCAAUUAAAGUGCUUUAAAUCCAGAAAGAAAGUCAUAAAGCAAAUAAGCCGGCAAUUAUUUGUGGCUUGUGCCGAGAUUAUCGAGUGUGUGUGUUUAAACGGCUUCACUGCGGUUUCGGUAUCAACUUCGAGACCCAUUUCGUUUACGGCCACGGGUUAGCAAGCGUACGUAUUGGCCGGAAGACACAGAGACACCGGCCCCGUUAAGAUUUCGGUCGUCGGCGGUGGUCAGAGAGGCUCGAAGAUUUGGCGUCGCGAGCGCAUCGAGAUGACAAAUGAUCCGGACCUCGAUGACUGUGCUUUUCUAUCCGGUGGCGAAUCGAGCGGCGGACGGCAGACUCGGACCGGAGUGGCCGUCUGCUCACAGCGCCGGGCUCUACUUGUGGCCGGAAUCGUGCUCGGCUCGCUGCUGCUGACGGCCAUCAUCAUCGCCUACGCUGGACCGCAGAACGACUGCUCCUGUGGAUCAAAAACGGUGUCCGGUUAUGAAACGGAUGAAGAGAACAACACGCAGCCCUUCAAUCCGAUAGCCACCAAUGGAGAGCCAUUUCCCUGGCUAGAGAAGAUGCUGCCCACCAGUGCGCGUCCACUGCGCUAUAUGGUCACUAUCCAUCCAAACUUGACGACAUUGGAUGUUAAAGGUCAAGUCACCAUCGAUUUGCAUGUGGAGAAGGAGACCAACUUCAUUGUGCUGCACAUCCAGGACCUCAACGUCACCGAGAAGGCCAUCGUGACUCCGGGGCCCAAGGGCUAUGCCCUUAAGAUUGUUAAGGUGCUGGAGUUUCCGCCCAGGCAGCAGCUCUACAUCGAGGUGAAGGAGAAGCUAAAAAAGAAGUCCAAUUAUACCCUCAACCUGCGCUGGUACUCCAAACUCAAUCCGGAGCCGGAGGGUUUCUAUGUCGACCAGUACGAGAGCUCUAAUGGUGUGGAGAGAUUACUUGCUGCCACAGUUUUUCGACCGAAUGGUGCACGGCGUGCCUUCCCCUGCUUCGACGAGCCGCACGUUCGGGCGCCAUUCCGCAUCUCUGUGUUCCGGGAUCGCUUCCACAUUGGUCUGUCCAAUUCCAUAGUGCACACCACCGAAGAUGUGGGCUUCUACAUGGGCACGGGAUUGCUCCGCGAUGACUUCAUUGAGACGCCACCACUGCCAGCCGAUGCGGUGGCCUGGGUUGUAAGCGACUUCCAACGCGAAUCCCUGCAGCCCUCAGCGGCAUAUAUCCCCACGACACCAGCGCCACCGGGUUCCGGAGUGGGUGGCAAGAAGUCCGCCCAGCUGAAUAAUUAUACCCAGCUUAAGGGCAAAAACCCGCCGGUACGAAACAUCACUGCCCUGACUCAUUCGUUGAAUGUGAACCUGACGCCACGACAAAACCUAACGGUUGUUCAGCCCACGACGACGACGGCCUGGCCUGUGAAUCUCAAUGGAAAUGGAAAGCCAUCGAAUCUAACAUCACUUUCUCAGUCCACGGGAUCAUCGAUAAAGAGGGCUCCCUCGUAUACCUUCUAUGCACCCAGGGAUCUGUUAGUUCGCUCAUCUUUCAUUCUGCACACAUCGAGGGAUGUUCUGGAGUAUCUACAGACCUGGUUGGAUAUCAGUUAUCCCCUUACCAAAGUGGACUUUGUGGCGUUGCCUUCGCUGGAUCGUAAUAUGAUCUCCUCGCUGGGAUUGGUUACCUUGAAAACGUCUUUCCUGACGGAUCCAAGUUCCAUAACCUCAGAACAAUAUCAGUUUAGUGCAUUAAGGAUUGCUGAGGCCAUGGUGAGACAGUUCUUUGGAGGAAUAACAUCCCGCAAGGUGCUCAAGGAUGUAUGGCUGUGGGAGGGAUUGAUUCAGUAUUUGGGAAUCCAUGCCUUGGCACCACUGCAGGAAAGCUGGCCGCUGAGAGAGAUGUAUCUACUGAAGAUGGCCACAGCAGCGUUGGACAUUGAUGCCAUCCAAGGAUGGGAUAGCAUUAUGAAUGGCACAAGCCAUGAUGGCAACAAUGAGGAGUUCUUUGUCCAGAAGACAGCUGCCAUAUUUUCCAUGUUGCACACGGCCAUUGGUGAGGAUCGGUUCAGGGGCUGUCUGGGUUCUUUCCUCAAGGUGAAUCGAUUCAGAACCGCCGAACCCACUGAUCUUUGGACCAUUUGCACUAAGAAAGCUAAUGGCUCGAAGAACAUCAAGGAUAUGAUGACUUUGUGGACACACCAGCCGGGUUUUCCUCUUCUCACUGUCACCAAAAUGGGCAAUAGCAUCUCCAUCUCGCAGAGACCUUUCCGACCUGCUGAGUUUCUAGCCAUCCAUGAUGACUCCUAUGAUGGUAAUAACUACAAUAAGACGGCGUUGAAUGCCACAGAUACGCCAAGCACUGUGCCACCUACAACGCAAGGUAGCAAGCAUAAGUCGGUGCCACAUAUGAAGUGGAUCUUCCCUGUGACCUAUGUGACGGAUAUCAACAAUGUCAGUGAAACUCUUUGGAUGCAGAAUGUGGAUGUUACCUUCAACGUUCCGGAAAAUGUCAAAUGGAUCAAAGUGAAUGCAAUACAAAAUGGUUACUACCGAGUGGUCUACAAUGAUGAUAACUGGGCCAAUCUCAUCGAUGAGUUGGCUGCUAAUCCCAAAAGAUUUACCAGCGAGGAUCGCUUGGGUCUUUUAUCAGACGCCUUUACCCUCUGCCAUGCCAAUCUUCUGCCCUGUGAGAUCACCAUGAACAUGAUCCAAUAUCUGCCCAGUGAGACACACUAUGGACCUAUGGCUCUGGCUUUGAGGCAUUUGGAAAAGUGGCGACGCAUCCUUAAGUACUCAGAGUGUUUCCUGAUGCUCAGCGAGUUUAUCAAGAUGAAGAUCUCCACGGUGAUGGAAAAGGUGGGCUGGUCGGAUGAUGGUGAUGUGGCCACCAGGUUACUGCGUCCCGAAGUGCUCUUGGCAUCUGUAUUGUGGGAGGACAUUGACAGCAUCAGCAGAGCAAAGAACAUGCUAAAUCAGUAUCUUUACUACAAUGGUUCCGCUAUACAACCUAAUCUUAGAGAGGUGGUUUACACGGGUUCCAUACUGUCCGGGGAGUACAUCUACUGGCAGCAUUGCUGGGAACGCUUCGUGAACUUGCAGCGCACGUCGGAGACCUUCGUAGAGCGAAUGCAGUUACUCCGAGCUUUGGGAAGAACCAAAGAUGCUUGGCUGCAGAAUCGCCUUCUCUCACAUGUGACAAUGCUGCCCACUGAGGAGGUGGUGCAGGUUCUCAAGGCCAUUGCUGGCACACCCACAGGUGGUGCCAUGGCCUGCCGUUUCCUGCAGGCCAAGUGGUUUGAGCUGGAGAAGCGCCUUGGCCCUGGAACGAUCAGUUUCGCCAAGGUCAUAUCGGCCAUAACCCAAUAUGGGGCCACUAAGUUCGACUAUGAUGAGCUGAAAUCCCUGGUGCAUCGCUUUGGUCGAGGUCAAGGGAUGUCUGUGCUGAAUAUGACCUUGAGCAGCGUGGCCUCCAACGUGGAGUGGGUGGCCCGGUCACAGACCUCGCUCUACAAGUGGGUGGAGGGCAACCUGCACUCGCACCGAUAGAGGAGAUAGGAGGUCCUCUCACAAAGUUCUCUCUCUCUCUUCAGACUCAUUUGUAAUUAUGUUCCUCUCUCAGACACGAAUCUUAAGUGAGCUUUGAUUUCGCCGAGUUAACUAACACUAUGGAUCUAUAUAUAUAUAAAGAUAUAUAUAUAUAUGUACUCUUUACCAUAUCAUUGCCAGUUCGAUCGAUCUCCUUGGUUUUCUCAGUAGCUGUCCUAUAUAUAAUUUUAGUACUUAAUGUUAGCCCAGACACUCGACCCAAAAUGUAAAUUGCGAUUAUAGAAGGCCCCCUCCCCCAAUUUCUAGCACAUAACGAAUGUGUAUAUCUACAACUGAACAUAAGGAUCUAUCUAUAUAUGUAUAUUGUAUAUGUAUGUAUAUUUUACAAACCAAACAUAUUUAGAGCAAUGGAUAAUUGUAGUUUGUAAGCCAACAAAGAACAAAGAACAACAUAUUUUUUCAUAAAAACUUAAAACUAAAAACUAAAAUGAAACAAAAGAGAAGCCCCCUCAAAAAAUCGCUAAUGAAUGCAUUCUAGUAACUGUAUAGCAUAUGUUUAUUAGUAUUAGUAAGAGCGCAGUGCUCUCGUGAGUGUGUGUGUGUGUCCGUGUAUGUGCGCAUCGAAAUAUCACAGAAAUCUUCCUUAUUUUGUCCAAGAAAAACAAGUUCAUGUAACUUAACUACCAAUGUAUACCCCAGGCUGCCUGACCAGCAAACCAAAUUUAGAAUAUCUUUAAUUUUGUUCAUUAAAUAAGUUUAUGAUUUAUAAACAAUCAUUUUAGAGUCAGUAUUAGCUUCCAAAUUAGAGAUAUAUGCUUGUUAAUUUCACAUCACACAAAAAUAUCAUAUUUAAUUUGAUUUAGAACAAGUUUAAAUUCGAAAAAUGUUGUCAUCAAACAGGUUUAGCAUUUUUUUUAACCAGUAACUUUAAUCGCCAAAGCAAUUAGCUUAAAAUCUGUUAACGAUAUUAUAUGGCUGCCAUAGUACAUAAACUAUCUUAAGCCAUUCAUAAUUAACCAAAAAAAAACAUAUUUAAAAUCGCAGAAUGUAAAGUAAAGUUAUAACUUUCUUGGUAACUCUAUUAUGGUCUGAGGUCAGGCAGGCAGAUAACUUAGGAAAUCGAGAUACGAAAUAAUAUAUAGACAAGCCCCAUAUGUACAUACAUGGCAUACAUGCUUUAGUAGUUUGGCUAGAAACCCAAAAAGAAAAAAAGAAAAAAGAAAACGUAUUCAACACUUUUUAUUUCCGCACUCGCAUAAGAAGUAGAAACCAAUGUUUAUCAGAUUACAACGUUCCGAUUACUACGACUCUUGUGUCUAAUUAAAUAGGUUUUACUAUGUGUUUUACCAUAUCGCUGGUUAUCAUUUGAUUAGUGUUAGCCUGACCCAAAAGAUAGCCCGAGGUGUUUGUGCAAACUGAGGGAAUCCGUGAGACUUUUGCCACUUGAAACUCUUAGUCCGACGAUGGCACGCCGGUUUUCUGUCUUUAUAAGCUAUAUGGAAAACGUGUAUAGGCUGUGCCAUUGGCAACGCCCAGCGAUAAGAGUGUGCCAUGCGUCUAGAUUAUCUGGGGAUGUGGACAGUGCCGUAGUUAAGACAGCUUUCAAGGGGGAUAUUACAAAGAAACAGUCUAGCAAACCCAAUACCAAGUUAACAAACCCCUUUUGGCCAUGCCUGAGAUUUCUAUCUCUCUCUCUCUGGAAAUGGUUAAGCAGAUUCAAAGUUAAACCUUCAACCAUAUUUGACUAUGCUAAUUCGUAAAUUUGUAUUUCGCAUCUUAACAUUUCGAGAUCUUUGAUUUCGUUUUUUGGGAAGAAUAUGUUUAGCAGAAGAGUUUAUAUAUAGAUGGUAACGAUUUGCUUCUUGGCUAAGACACACAAAGACUAACUCAAUGAAUGAUACUCGAAGUCAAUCGCUCAGAUACCCCGAAAUAAAAUGAGAUAUAUAGAAAAAACAAACCGACAGAGAAAUACAAACAAAAACAACUUUAUUAGCGACAAAGUUAGAUCACAGAGAAAACACACAGAGAAAAAAGAAAAACAAGUUUUGGAGCGAUUUUACGGAUUUUCGACAAAUGUAUAAGCCAAACACAAGCAAAAAAAAAAAUAAAAACAAAAUGAAAAAUGACAACAAACCGAAAUAGAGAUAAAAAAAAAAGAGAACACAGAAUAUGAGAGAUACACAGAGGAAGAUUUAGAAAGUUUUACAGAAGAAAUGAGAAGAAACAAGAUUUUGCUUUGGUUCUAAACUAACUUUUAGUUUUGAUUGUUAACCCAUUUCAUCGUCUAAUUGUAUUUGGACAAUGCAUAUCCGUCCACAGCUUUGAUUGACUUAACACCUUUGGGUUCCAUUUUAGUUCAUCGAAAGACCCACUCACAUGACCUAUCCUCGAAAUCCUUUCCUUAUCCGCUUUGUCCUGGAGUUGAAGAUUCGCCUUUUUUCUAAAUUCAAGGAUCAAAAACGAAGAAAUUCUAGUUAAUUUUAUUAGUGGAAAUUUUUUUGCAAUCGGCAUCAAUUUGAUAAGAAAUUAUGAAUUAUGCAUUGGCUAUCAGGUUUUAUAUAUAUAUAUAUAUACGAAGAUAUAUAUGGAAAUCGCGCGUAGGGAAAAUACAAAGUGUAUCUAGAAUGCAAUGGAAAGCAGGCAGAGCAACUCUAAAGACGUAAAUCUAAUUGUAUGCUAAUGAUAUAUACACAUCUAUAUAUAAAUAUAUAUAUAUAUAUAUUUACAUAAUUUAAUUUAAGUCAAAUGGGAAUAUUAAUAAAAGCGAUAACUAAUCUGUAAA